AUGGAAUAUUCUUUCACACUAAAGUCGCCAAGGGAAGAAGAGUGCCUGUCAAAUGUAUUUUUAAUAGCUCAGAUUGGCACCAUGAGUCGUGAAGAAAGAAUGGUAAUUACCAUUGGAGAAAUUAUUCAGGAGCUUAUCCAAGCCCAUGAACAAAGUAAGGAUGUCAAUCUAAAUAAGUUGAAAACCAGAAUUGCAUCGAAAUAUGGUUUGGAAACAUCCCCGAGAUUAGUGGACAUUAUUGCAGCUGUACCUUCUGACUACAAGAAACAGUUGUUGCCUAAACUGAAAGCUAAACCAAUCAGAACUGCUAGCGGAAUAGCUGUUGUUGCUGUAAUGUGCAAACCUCAUCGUUGUCCACACAUCAACAUGACUGGUAACAUUUGUGUCUACUGCCCUGGUGGUCCCGAUUCUGACUUUGAGUAUUCUACUCAAUCAUAUACUGGCUAUGAACCAACAUCAAUGCGAGCUAUACGUGCCCGCUAUAAUCCGUACUUGCAAACUAGACACAGAGUGGAACAGCUGCAGCAACUUGGGCAUAAUGUGGACAAAGUAGAAUUUAUUGUAAUGGGAGGCACCUUCAUGUGCUUGCCUGAUGAUUACCGGGAUUAUUUUAUCCAAAAAAGUAAAGUUAAAUGUAUUGGUAUCACAAUUGAAACUAGACCGGAUUAUUGCCUGAAAAGACAUUUGUCAGACAUGCUAAGGUACGGGUGCACUCGUCUAGAAAUUGGUGUGCAGUCCGUAUACGAGGAUGUGGCUCGAGACACAAACCGUGGCCACACAGUUAAGGCUGUAUGCGAGAGCUUCCAAUUGGGAAAAGAUUCUGGUUUUAAAAUUGUUGCACAUAUGAUGCCUGACCUUCCAAAUGUGGAUUUAGAAAGAGAUAUGGAGCAGUUCAUUGAAUUUUUUGAGAACCCAGCAUUCAGAGCUGAUGGACUGAAGAUAUACCCCACAUUGGUUAUCAGAGGUACUGGAUUAUAUGAGCUUUGGAAGACUGGGAGAUACCGUAGCUACCCUCCCAAUACUUUGGUCGAUCUUAUUGCUCGCAUCUUGGCUUUAGUGCCCCCAUGGACCAGGGUGUACAGAGUGCAGCGAGAUAUUCCUAUGCCACUUGUCAGUUCUGGGGUGGAACACGGCAACCUGCGAGAGCUGGCUUUGGCCAGAAUGAAGGAUUUAGGCACUGAUUGUAGAGAUGUACGUACACGAGAAGUGGGUAUCCAAGAAAUUCAUCACAAGGUCAAACCAUAUGAGGUUGAGUUAAUACGUCGAGAUUAUUAUGCAAAUGGUGGUUGGGAAACAUUUUUGUCUUACGAAGACCCUGAACAAGAUAUAUUGGUGGGCCUCCUGAGACUAAGAAAAUGUUCUGAUGAAACAUUUAGGCCAGAGUUGAAAGGAAGCGUGUCAAUUGUGAGAGAGCUCCAUGUAUAUGGGAGUGUAGUUCCUGUGAGUGCAAGAGACCCAUCGAAAUUCCAGCAUCAUGGAUUUGGUAUGUUGCUCAUGGAAGAGGCUGAGAGAAUAGCUGUUGAAGAGCACGGUUCCACUAAAAUUGCUGUUAUUUCUGGUGUUGGAACCAGAAACUACUACAGAAAAUUAGGCUAUGAAUUGGAUGGUCCCUACAUGUCAAAAUUUCUGUGAAUAAUUGAUUUUAUCUUGAUUGAUCCUAGAAAAUGUGUACAUACCUAUGUAAGUUUCAAUUGUAUAUAUUGCCCUAUGUUGAACGUAUGUUUUAUUUCUGUAAAUUGAGUAUUGCUUUAACAAGCUUUAUUUGUUUGGAAAUUUGUUUAUGUUUGUAAAUGGGCAAAAAUAAAGAAUCCAGAAUAUGUUUUAUGAGA